AAUCAAAUUUCUACUAAAAUGAGCCGUUCACCAGCGAUAGGUAUUGAUUUAGGAACCACAUAUUCUUGCGUUGGUGUUUUUCAGCAUGGAAAAGUGGAAAUUAUUGCAAAUGACCAAGGAAACAGAACGACUCCUAGUGUGGUGGCUUUCACAGAAAGUGAACGCCUGAUUGGCGACCCCGCAAAAAGCCAAAUAGCCAAGAAUCCUCAAAACACAGUCUUUGACGCAAAAAGACUUAUAGGCAGAAAGUUCGACGAUCCCGUCGUGCAUUCUGACAUGAAACAUUGGCCAUUCGCAGUCAUCAGUGAUAAUGGCAAACCUAAAAUCCAAGUUCAGUUUAAAAAACAAAAGAAAACUUUUUAUCCUGAAGAAAUAUCAUCGAUGGUACUAACAAAAAUGAAAGAAACGGCAGAGAAUUAUCUGGGAAAAACCGUAACAGAUGCCGUUGUCACAGUUCCAGCAUAUUUUAAUGAUUCUCAAAGACAGGCAACGAAAGAUGCAGGUAAAAUUGCUGGUCUUAAUGUUUUAAGAAUAAUAAAUGAGCCAACGGCUGCUGCCAUUGCCUAUGGUUUGGACAAGAAGUCUGAAGAUGAUCGGAAUGUUCUCAUUUUUGACCUUGGUGGAGGCACAUUCGAUGUUUCCAUACUAACAAUAGCGGGUGGAAUUUUCGAGGUAAAAGCAACAGCUGGCGAUACUCAUUUGGGAGGCGAAGAUUUCGAUGCUAGACUAGUGGAUUAUUUCGCCAAGGAGUUCAAACAAAAACACAAAAAGGAUUUAGCAAAUAAUGAAAGAGCUAUGCGGCGAUUGAAAAAUGCCUGCGAAACAGCCAAGAGAGCACUGUCGUCCAGCACCGAAGCAAGUAUCGAAAUCGAUUCCCUUCUAGAUGGUAUAGACUUCAAUUCAUCCAUAACGCGAGCUCGAUUCGAAGAUUUGAACGCUGAUUUGUUCCAAAAUACUUUGCAACAUGUAAAGAAAGCCAUGGCAGAUGCUAAUAUGGACAAAUCGCAAAUACAAGAUAUCGUUUUGGUAGGUGGAUCAACUCGAAUACCUAAGGUUCAGAAACUGGUUCAGGAUUUUUUCAGCGGUAAAGAGUUAAAUCGCAGUAUCAAUGUGGACGAGGCCGUUGCUUAUGGGGCAGCUGUACAGGCUGCCAUCCUCAAUGGAGAUAAAUCGGCAGAAGUCCAGGAUCUUCUUCUACUCGAUGUCAUUCCUUUGUCACUUGGCAUUGAAACUGCAGGUGGUGUGAUGACUGUCCUGAUACAGCGCAAUACAACAAUUCCCGUCCGGCACGCCCACACAUUCACUACUUAUUCAGAUAAUCAACCUGGAGUUUUAAUUCAGGUGUUCGAAGGAGAGCGCCCUCUUACAAAAGACAAUAAUUUGCUGGGAAAUUUCGAACUGAAUGGUAUCCCUCCUGCACCAAGAGGGGUUCCACGCAUAGAUGUGACAUUUGAUGUCGACUCGAAUGGGAUAUUAAACGUGACGGCAGUGGAUAAAAGCACCAAGCGGGAAAAUAAAAUCACCAUCACCAAUGACAAAGGAAGACUCUCGAAAGAAGAAAUUGAAAGAAUGCUCCAAGAAGCUGAAAAGUAUAAGGAAGAAGAUCAAAGAAAGAAAGCAGUAAUAGAAGCUAAGAAUGCUUUGGAAAGUUACACGUUUAGUAUUAAAGCUGCAGUUGAAGAUGAUAAAUUCAAGAACAUAGUAUCCAAUGAUGAACGAGAUAAACUUUUAAAUAGAGUCUCUGAAGCUUUGCAAUGGCUGGAAGCGAAUCCUGAGGCAAAGAAAGAAAACUAUGAAAAAAAGCAAAAAGAACUCGAAGCUGUGUGGAAUCCAGUGAUUCAGAAGCUAUACAGUGGCAUGCACGAAAGUGGUCAAACAGGUCGAGAAGGCCCUCAAGUUGAAGAAGUCGAUUAA